UGUUUUCAGGUUACUGCGUGACUUUAUGUUCUAUAAUGACAAAAAAAUAUUGAUUUCAUUGUGGAAGGAAAGAUGGGACACAAAAGUGGGAGAUACACGUUGAGAAACCCAACUAAUGGUGUACAGUGUAAAGGUUUGGAAUUGUGAUAAUGCACAAUUGAGAGGACUCACAGGAAAAAAACAACCACAACUGGACUGUUUAUCACAUCCAGAAUUAUAUGUGAGUCUAGUAAAACUACUCACCAACAAAAUUGUAAGUGGUUUUAACUGUUUGGAAUGAAUGUAUAUUUACUUACUACCAAGGACAUGUUGUUUUCAAAAAUCACAGUGCAAUAUUUAUUUGGAAUUAUUUAUUUGGAACAUGGGAAGUACAGCUGUCAAAUAAGCUAAUGGUAGAUUUCAUAAAAAUGUAAUUUUGCACAUUUUUUUAUUUGUCCGUCCUUUAUAGAAAUAUUGAGGUUAUGAAAAUCAUUAGACCACAUAGAUUAUCCCCUAUAUUGCAAUAUACAAUACAAUGAUCAUAUUGCUUCUAAAUUUACUCAAACGUCUUUGUUGUCUACAUUUAUAGGUCCUUGUCUCAUUGUUCAAAAAGGUUUUCAUGAUGCUUCAAAACAGGUACAGUAGAUCUCAUGAUACAUAGAUAAUUUAGCACUCCUGGGAACUGGAGGGGUGGCACCGGCGUUCACCGGUGUAGGGGGUGGGGAGCUCAUGCGGGUGGAGCUUCAGGGAUGCGGGAGCCGGGAGUUUUUUCUUUGCCUCCUAACCCGGUAAACAGAAUCCCGAACCCUGCCCCCGGUAUGACACUCUUUAGAGUGGUCUCCCCGACUGGAAAAGGUGCAUUAGGACCCCAUGCGGGAUGUUUCCGCACGUUCCUGCUUGAUUCCGCUUGACGGCAUUCCAACCCUCCCCUCCCCCUGGAUUGUGAUCUUUGUCUAAUGACAUGCAAAAAUAAAUAAUAAUAAAAUAAAAAAAACAGGUACAGUAGUAGGCUUUAAUAUAAAAUAUAACAAGAUAAACUGAUCUAGAAUACUUAAAGGAACACUCCAAGCACUGUAGCCACUAUAGAGUUCUGUAGUGGUUAUGCUGCCAGUAGUGUUCUGGUGCCUCCAUUAUUGUGUGUAUUCAAACUAUUUUAGAAAGGUUUAAAUUUGUACCUGCAAUUUACAGGGUGCUGCUCAUUGGUUCUUUUUUUUAAAUUUUACAAAAAGUGCAGAUUUCAAUAGAAAUUGUCACCUUUAUAAAUUAACCUUGUUACACGCCCCUGAUUGUCAAUCAGAUCACCGGUUCUCUUAGUUGCUGGUUGUUUAGCUCAGUGGACAAUCAAUUGCCCAAAGAACCUGCAUUCCAAAUGUAUCAUUUAGCUGCAUUGAAAAGGCUGUGAUUGGACAGCCACAGAAAGUCUAGACUGGAUUAGAAGGGGAGGGCUUGCAAAGGCUUCAGACUAGAGAUAUUCACUUUUUGUAAGACUGUUUUUGGAUAUACCUCCAAUGGAAAAUGUAUAAUUAAAUGCAUGCAUGCUUUUAGUGGGUUAUUUGUGAUUUGUUUAUUUUGGAUUUUUUGUUUUUGUUUGGGGAGGGGCUUUGAUGGUGUUAAAUACGCUGCUGGCACUUCUAGCCCAGUGCAGGGGUGCUUCCCCCACAACAGUCUGUGUAAAGUUUUGAGUAGGCAUAGGGUUGAUUCAAGAAUAAUAAUAAAAUACAAAUUGUACAUUACUUUACAUCAUUUGAAAAAUAAUAUUUUGAGCAAUUCUUUUUUAUGCUAGUUUUCUUAGAAUAUUUUUUCUUUUUCAAAUGUAAACGGUUUAUCAUUUGCUAUUUGUAUUGCAAUUCAAUGUGUUUGUUCUCUGUAGGUUAACAAAUCACUCUUCUUAUUUGCUGAUUCUACUGCUAUUCUUGUCUCAAAUCCAGCGUUCUCUAUCAGGUAUGUGAGUUACAGCAAUUACUUUAUCAGCAGCAGCUUGCCAACAAUUAAGCCAAUAAAACUAAAACCAUUUGUGUAUAACGCAGGCUAUUAUCCCUAAUUCUGUUUACUGUUCCCUUCUUUUAACAAAUUUGAGUAUGUACAUUAAGUCAUCCGACUAGUUACCUCUAUUCAAAACCAGAGUGCCUCCUUUUUGACUCCAUGUUAAUCACUGUUAUGAGCUCUGCUCUUUGCACCUUUUGGUGAGCCUGGGAAGUGAAGAAAACUAAAACAAUAAGUUCUGUUUCUCCUUCUUUAAAGCAACGAUUGCCCUGGCUAUGCCAGGAUUGAUGUGGUUUGUGAUGGCAAUUGCUAACUCUAAAGUUAACAUUUUAAAAGAAAACUAAGUAUCAUGAGAGAUAAGAAAAGAAAACCUAUAUUUUUUUAUUUAAACAAUAUAUAUAUAUUCUCCUUUUUAAAAUGACUGAAAAACAUCAGAUUUAAAAAAAAUGAACUAUGACAUAUAGUAGAUGUAAUUCCAUAUCCCAUUUAUCCUGGCUACAGGCAAUGGACAUACAGGUUUUAUAGUUAGAUUCCAAACUCUACUCAGAUGAGCAACUGGCCAGAUGAUAUUAUUGAUUGAUAGUAUCCAAUGAUCAGAUCAUUGUAACAAUAUAUGGCACAAGGAAUCUGAAAUGAGAGUCUAGCAAAGAUACAUAUGACAUAUUCAGAAAGUCAAAGGUUGUUCACUGAAAAAGUGAAUUGAAAAUUUCAAGGUGAAGAUUCAGAUCAACUAAUUUUACCUAAUAUGUUGAAAUUCACUUUGUUCGCAAAUCACGCUUUAGUAAAUAACUGAUCAGUGAAGAUGUAUACACUGCAAACUUGCAUAUUAGAGAUGUUUAUUUGAAUUCAUAUUUAAACUACUGUGAUAUCUAAAAUAAGAGAAAUACAAAUAAAUACUCACAGAAUUUAAAAUGGAGAAAGUCCUAAAAUGUCUAUCAUUCAAUCAGUAGUGAUUUUUGGUUUCUUUGUUAAUGUAUGUGGAUCCAAAAUCUAGGUUUUAAAAGUUAGAGUUGCAGUCCUCAAUGCAUUGAAGGCAUGUACCUCUCUAACCUCAGACUACCCCUACCCCACUCAAACAUGUAUACAGCUAACUCUAAAUACUCAGGGUUGUUCACGAACUUCACAUUUAAUGCCAAAGUAGCAUAUAGCCAUUUUUAGCUAUUAUUACUAUGAAUUUGAAUUCACUUAGAACAGUCAAUUAUAUUCAUUAUCAUUCACAGAUCGAUUUACUGUAAUUGCUACUAAAACACCUAUCAGCGCUACAAUUGGUUCAGAUGUCACUUUAUCGUUUCAUCUCUCGCCUGAAAUCAAUGCUGAAAAUAUGGAGAUUGGAAUUUCUAGAUCUCCAUCUACAGAAUUUGCAUUUUUGUAUCGCCGUGGUCAAGAGGUGACUGGAAGUCAAAUAAAAGGAUACAAAGGAAGAACAAAGCUUGUAACAGAACAUUUAAAAAUGGGGGAAAUCUCUUUGCUAAUCCGUGAUGUUGGCCCAUUUGAUAACGGCAUAUACUAUUGUUUUGUUCAGUCUGAUAAUUACUAUAAUGAAAACAGCUUGGAGCUCAUAUUAACCAGUAAGGUUUUUUUUUUUUUGUUCUUGUACUCUUUUAUAUGAUAAAGCAAACUCGUUGAUUAUGAACACAUAUACAUAUUCUAAUUAAUUCAUGAAAUAUUUUGAAAAUCCAAGCUUUCUCCUACAACAGUAGACAUCACAAAAUAACUUCAGUAGACACACCAAUGCAUUCUACUGCAAGAAACCCAACCUUAAAAGUAGGACGUUGAAAUGUGUUCACCCUCACAAAUAUUUCUAGAUCACAAAUCCUAUCAUUCGGUAAUUCUGCCAGAGAAACCAUGGAGAGUACGUAUUUGACAUCACUGAUGCAAAUGUUUUCUUGAGGUUGAGUGGAUUAGCUCAUGGGAAUUUUCAACCCUUUCUUGUCUUGCUAAUCACAUAUCUGCUUGUGUUGUGUUUGAUUUUUUUUGGAGAUAAUGUUCGUUUUGUUUUUGCCCAAACAUGCAUUGGUUAACAUCUACAAAGAUAGUAAUCUAAAUCAGGGAUUCGCAACAGUGUUCAUGUAGCUAUGCAGUGGUGCUUGGAUUUACCAGGUAUGUUCCAGUCAGGAUAUAUGUAAAACUGGGUUGGAUUCAACAAGCACAGAUAAAUAAAGGUCUCUGUGGGUACUGAUCAGUAGUUUUUUUCAUAUUGACAGUGGUAAAAAUCCCAUCCCAUAGCUUGAGUUAAAAAGAACUCUUGUCAUAGAGUCCAGCUCUGCAACAGUUGUGUGCGUGAUUAUAGACUUGCGGUGUAAUGCUCUAAAUCAGGGGUGGCUUAUAGAUCCAUAAAUACUAAAAAAAACUAUACCUCCCAUGUGGCUUAACCAACAUUAAAAGAACAUCCAGAGCACCAUAACUACUAUAGAGCACUGUAUUGUUGCCAGGAGUGCUAUGGAGCCCCCCCUUUAGUGUGGAGAGCUGGAUGCUCCUGCUGUGCGCAUUGUCUGAAAGUGUCAGAUGAUAACUCUCAGCCAGUGAGCUAAGCCCGUAUUGUCAGACUUAAGUCAAUGCGAAGAGCUUCUGGCUUUCACAGAGGCAUGCACUAUAACCACUUCAGAACACUGUAGUGGUUAUGUUGCUUGGAUUGUGCCUUUAAGGCCAACAAAGCAUCAUGGGAUCUGCCUUUGACCACCACAAGUUUAAACAGGCAAAAUCACAACAUGUAAAGAAAUCUUGGCACAAUUUUGAAAAAAAGAAAAUGCUUCAACAAGCCACAUUAUUAAUUAUAUUCUAACUAUAUAUUAUACUUUACCUGGGCUUGAUAACAAGAGAACCCAACGUCAUGUUGUUUUUGUUCUGAUUUACAGUGUUGGGCACUGGCCCUGUGAUUCGAAUAACUGAUAAGGAUAAAGGCAUUACAGCUGUGUGUGAAUCUAACGGUUGGUAUCCUAAGCCUACAGUUCUGUGGAAGGACAGUCUAGGAAAACCAUUGGACAAUUCAAAUGAAUCGAGCACGGAAGACAAAUCAAGAUUAUUAUCAGUCUAUUCUUUAAUAAACGUCAACCCCAACAACCCAACAUUUUGCAACUUCAGAUCUGUGUUGUUAAAUAUACAAAAUCAACCAGGAAUAAGGAUUUCAGGUCAGUGA